AUGCAUUUUUGGUUAUACUUUGCACCGCAUUCGCGGAUCACGGCGACCAUGAAGCUCUUUCUUCUGGCGCUUGUUACAGCCCAUGGCGAAAGUGGCUCCAAUAGCCGCUUCUUACCCAAGAAGGCAGAUAUGGCAAAGAACGAGAGCAAUACCAGUGACAUCAGCCUCGCAGCAAUCAUUGAGGCACGCAUGCAAGAAGGCAAUUCGAAGAUUGACAGCUUCAAUGGAACCAAAGCUGGCUGCCCCUUGAAUCCGAAGCCUGGAUCGGUAUAUCAACCCUAUCGCCCUUGCCACCUUGAUUGCUCCGACUUCUUCCGCGCCUGCAAUUCGCACAACAAGCCGGAAUGUUCAUGCGGCCACGAAGCAGGACUUUGCAUGAUCUCGUGCUUCUUCACCGAGUACCAGGAUUCCAGGGAAGAAUGCCAGAAGAAAUGCAACGAUUUUGGGAUCUUCUGCACAACUUUCAAGAUGAAGCAUUGUGAGGAAGCAAAGUUAGAAUGCUUGUCAAAGUGUCCUGCCUAG